GCUGUGGCAGCGGAAAACCAAAGCGGACGAAACAUGCCUGCUGUCACCGUCACAAGAGGCGGGAUCUUAUUUGGAGUGACGUUUAAGAAUGGCCAAUCACAUGUCUCUAUUUCAGAUCAGUAGCCAAUCAAAAUGGGUUAGGCUGUCCAAAAACUUGACUGUGAGAACCGGGGCAAAGAAGGAGGAUAUCUGAGGAAGCGUUUGAAUUAUUUUUGUCUGACAGCUUUAAAACUGAGAACCUACAUAUCAGUGAACAUUGCAAAAAAGAUGAAUCUAUGUGAAAAAGGUAAGUUAGAAAAGUUUUGGAGGGACCUAGUUGGAUUUUGUUUUGUCUGCUUGUCAGUGUUAAUUUGUGCUCUCUUUUUAUCCUGUUAUGUAAAGCACUAACGUUACUCCAAAAAAUUAUUGUUUAUAUUUUGGCUUUUAUAAAUAAAAUAAAAAUAAAAAGAUCUCUUGCUAGUGUCAGGAUAGUAAAGUAUAAAGUUCAACCCUUGUGACGCCAAGCACCCACCGUGCCGAGGUGUCUUUGAGCAACCCAAAUCCCAGCUCUUCCCAGUGGAGAUGCAGAAACACACACUUGAAUCCUGAAGAUCUGAGAAGGACAUGAUACCAGAGCCCUCAGCUUCAGCUGCAUCCAGGUCCACAGAGCAGAAUACAAACUCUCACGUGGAGGCAACUUCCUCUGGGGCUGUCAAUCACUCAGAGGAUGAUUCAGGGAAUGAAAACAGACAGAAAAAUGUGAGACGCAGGAAAAGGGCGCACAAAUUCUUGGAGAAUGUCACACGCAAAAGAGCCAAAGCCAGCUGCAGCAGUGCGACCAGAGCAGGGGGCCGACAUGGUAAACAGAAGCAGGUGGAGGCCGUCACUUUGUUUGAGGUGAUCACCAUGGGCAAGAAUGCCAUGCAGGUGGUAAUAGAUGACUGGAUCGAGGCCUAUGUCACUGACAGAGACUCUUCUCUCCUCGACCUCAUCAGCUUCUUCAUCCAGUGCUCCGGGUGCAAAGGUGUGGUCACAGCAGAAAUGUGUCAGAGCAAAGAAGACAGUGAAAUCACGAGUAAGAUGGUUGAGGAGCUGGAUGAGGCUGCUGGUCUGCAGUAUAAGAAGUUUCUGGCUUUUCCAUGGAUCCUCACAGUCACAUGGCCUCUGGAUACAGAUAGUGCGGAGUAUCCUCUCGUGCAGUCCGGAGCGUAUGGCCGCUGGUUUCACUCUGAGUUCUGUGACUUCGUCUCGGUGCUGGUGGCUCAGGGUCAGGACAGCGUCAUCUUCGACAGCUACCUGAUGAACACCCUCAUCUCGCUGCUUACCGAGCUGUCAGACUCGUACGUCCGAGCAUUCAGACACACCUGCACGCUUGCAGCGGUGAAGCUGCUGAGCUCUCUGGUGGGUGUGGCUCUCAGUCUGAGCGUUGGGAUUGAAAACAGUCAGAAACUGUAUGAUGUGCAAAGGGCAAAGACGGCGAGACAAAAAAGCACACAACAUCUGGAGAGGAUACAGAAGAAGAUCACAGAGUCGCAGGAGAGGCGGGCAGAGAUUGAAAGCAUGUUGGAUGUCAUUUUUAAAGCAGUUUUUCUGAAGCGAUAUCGUGAUGUUCUCCCAGAAAUUCGCUCUAUCUGUAUGGAGGAGUUGGGUUUGUGGAUGAAGCUCUACAGUUCUGUGUUUCUUAAUGAUAGUUACCUCAAAUAUAUGGGCUGGAUGAUGAACGACAAGAUACCAGAUGUGCGUCUCAAGUGUGUGUUAGGUCUGCAGGGCCUGUAUGCAGAUCCCCUACUGCUGCCUAAACUUGAUCUGUUCACCACUCGCUUCAAGGAGCGGAUGAUCUCCAUGACGCUGGAUAAGGACAGUGAGGUGGCGGUGCAAACCAUGAAACUACUGGUACUUGUUUCCAAAUCAUCUGAUGAUGUGCUCACUCCAGAGGAUUAUAAGCAGCUUCUCCAGCUAGUUUACUCCUCCCAGCGCCCUCUUGCGGCCACUGCAGGAGAGCUGCUCUUCUCAAGGCUUCUCCAUGCCGUAGUCCCUGCAUCUGAUUCUCAGGAUGAAACGAAUGAAGAGGAAGCACACAGACAACAAACAUUUGCCAGGCUGAAAGCUCUGCUGCAGUUCUAUCAGGAGUCUGAGUUGCACAAGCACGUCGUGUACCUGGUGGACAGUCUGUGGGACUGUGGUGGAGCUCUGCUGAAGGAUUGGCCCACAGUCACAUCUGCACUGCUGCAGGACCCCUCCCCAAACAGACAAGGUUUUACACCCGCUGAACAAGCAGUGCUUGUGGAGAUCCUGGUUGCGUCUGCACGUCAGGCCUCAGAGGGACCGGUGCUGGCCGGGAGGAGCGGAGCAAAGAAGUGUGUGUUACAGGUGAUGAAUGCAAGAGAAAAGAAAACUCAGACAGAUGACUGUCUUAAGCUCACUGAGCAUCUUCUUACGAUGCUUCCCAAGUUACUCUCUAAGUUUUCAUCUAGCGGGGACAUCGUUGCCGCCCUGAUCAGGAUUCCUCAGUACUUUCUGCCUGAGUGUCCAGAAGCUGAAAACACGCAGGUAGUUUCCAGCCUGAUGGCGGAGAUGGCUGCUGUUUUGGACCUCCACUCGGGCCCUGCAGUCCUGGAAGCAGCGGCCCGAACAUACCUCAGUCUGUGUGCAGAAGGGGCAGCCUGGAGCUCUGCAGCCAGAGCCGCCAGAGACUCUCUGGUCCAGCGAUGGGUGGGCCAGCUGACAGAACUGCUGGAGGACUCGCUCAGGGGCGGCAGUUUCUCUGCUGAUGAGGAGAAGCUCAAAGAAAUCGUAGCAAUGCUGAAGAAACUCAGAGCUUUUCACAACUGUCAUGACCUCAGUCAGUGGAGUGUGUUUGAUCUGCUGUCUCCUCUGCUGUCAGUGGAGAGCAGCCAGGGAGGAGCGCCGCCCGAGGUGCUGGAGGAGGUGCUGCAGUGCUUGUCCUUCAUCAUGCUCUGGUCUCUCAACACGAGCAGUGAAACUCUAACCAGCAGAGAGAAGGCUGUGGCCCAGAGGCUCCAGCUGCGUCUCUUCUGUGAGAGGAGUCAUCACUGCCUUUCCCACUGCAACCACAGCGUGAGGAUUCAGGCUUUUCUGGGCGUGUGUGACGUCCUGACAGCUCAUUCGUACCAGCUGCACAUGUGGGAUCCCACCUGCUUUGGUCCACUGCUGUACACACCCAGUCCCAAACUGCAGAGGGCACUGUUGGCCUUUGUAUGCUCGCACGUCUUUGCUGGCCUGGAUUGUGACAGCCAGAGCAAGGUCAGUGAAAACUCUGAGGUGGACAGGCUGGAGGACCUUCACAGAAGAAGAAAUAUGCUCGCAGCCUUCUGUAAGCUGAUCGUACACGGAGUGCUGGAGAUGAGCACGGCAGCUGAGGUCUUCAUGUACUACAUGAAGUAUUACAGUGACUUUGGAGACAUCAUCAAGGAGACAAUGUGCAGGACACGGCAGAUAGAUAAAAUCGAGAGUGCUCGUUCUCUGGUGCUCUGUUUGCAGCAGCUGUUUGUGCGCCUUAAGCGUGAGCAAGAUAGCGGUGGCAGGGCUCACCCAGGAGUCCAGACUUUCACCAGCAUUAAAGAGCUGGCCAGGCGAUUUGCUCUCACUUUUGGGGACGUUGUCAAGUUUCGUGAAUGCGUUGUCAUGAUACACAGGAAUGGCAUAGAGUUUGUGUUCCAAGAAUUUAAUCAGUCUCCAGGCACAACUACACCACCGUAUCUCUCCUAUCUGACCAUCCUCAGCGAGUUCUCCAGCAAACUGCUUAAACCAGACAAGAAGACAGUGCUCUCCUAUCUGCAGAAGCACACUGCUGAAUAUAUAAUUGACCUCAGGGAGGAGUGCUGGCAGCCACUUAUCUAUUAUCGUGCAUCUUUACUGGCUGCAGCUGAAGCAGAAGAUGCUGUAUCAUACGUUAGCUCAGACAGGAGGCCCAAUCUACACAAUCGCUCUCCUUUCUCCAAACAGAAACCAGAAGUGAGCAAGUCACCGUGUCCAUUUAGUCCGGUUGACUCCAAAGUUAGUAAAGGUCAUAGACUGGGUACCAGUCCAAGUCAUCAGGAGAAGAUGGGUGAUGCAGAUCCAUUCUCUGUCCCCCUGGAGCCUCCAGCGAAAAGCCUCAACACUGAAGGAUCUGUCCUCAGUAUCACCAACGAGCCAGAUGAUGGCACGGUGGAGGUUGAGCUUUAAGUAUGAAGAGGUUGGAGGGAAACUGUUCUCCUGUUUGAACACCUCACGGAACAUCUUUCUUUAUUUUGCACCAUGUAACCGUUGUCUUCUCCAUUAUGAUAUGCUAACCUCCAGGCUUCCGUGUUUUGCUAAAUUUCUUGAUCAUGCAGUAUUUUAAGCUAUUAGACAGAAGCCGUCCUAAAGGAUGAGUGUUCAUAGUCUAUUUCUCUCAUUCCAAGACCAAAACCAAUUAGCUGAAGGUUUAUGUUAUAUAAUUGCAGUGUACACACAGUACAAGUCAGACCUAUGAAAUCCUUCCUUCUGCCACAAAUACGCUGGUUCACCAAUAGUUGGUGCUAAAAGCACUGACCUGACAUGUACAACGUAUUCCAGUUUUAGCAUAUUAUGUCCUAUAUUUGCUAAAACUAAGGAUCUCUGUUUUUAUUCAAAUAAUCAGGCCCAAUUUAAAAGCAAAUAGUGGUAAUCUGCUUUUCGAGAUUGACUUUUUUUUCAGGAGAAAUGUCUAGAUUUAAGAAGGCCAAACUCCUGUGGCAAGAUUUUGUAAAGUACUACAGAAGAGCGAGCUGCAGCAGAUGGUUAAAACAGUCCAGGACAUCAUCUGCACUAAUCUGCUGAGCAUCAGUAAUAUUUAUCAAAAUUUUGACCAGAUUUAAAUAGAUUUAGCACUUAUUGCAUAAGCCAGGGUUUUAACUGUAUGAGAGCUGGAAUGUUCCUCACUUUUGCAUCACUUUGGAUAAAAGCUUCUGCUAAAUGUCCGUUCAAAAGAAGCUAAAAGACUAAAUCCACCCUUCCUGAUUACAGGGUCUGUUUUUAUUUUUCUCAGGCUGACAUUACAGAACUUUUACGUUUCUGACUUGAUUUUUCUUGUUUUGUAAGAAGGGGACUACCUCUUAAAUUCUGUUAAUCUCUGGAUGAAACAGACAGGAUGUGAAGUCAACAGUCAGUUACAUAUCAUUAUCGCUUUUUUUGAUGAGCUUUGAAAAAUAUCUGCUUCCAUCAGGUUUUUAUUACUCAUAAAUGACUUUAAAUUAAGGACCAUUUGUAUUGUUUGUAUGGAACUAUUAUCUUUAAAGAACAGUUGUACUGUAAACUGUACUUGAAUGUUGCAGGGGACAUUAAGUUAUCUUUAUCCAUUUUGGAUUAUA